AAAUACGGUAGUUUGGUGAAAACUAAAAAUUAAUGGCAAAUUAAAAGUGUAUUGCAUUUCAAAAAUGAAUAAUCGCAACUCGAACAUGUCAACUGUGAAGUACAAACUCAUCGAUCAAACAGAAAACGGCAAUUCUGCUGAAGACCGUGAAAAGAAUUACAGAAAAAUAAUUUUAUUAAUAUUUUUUUUUACCGUGUUCAUAUAUAAAUUUUUGGACUGGAACAGUUUUGGUUACUAUGGUCAAAGCGAACAAAAUUGGAUGCAUUUAAAAAAUUUUCAAUUUAACAGUUCUAUAAAUAAUGUGAACAGUGACAAAAUAAAUGAACUUAAAAGUAAAAAUAGUAGUCAAAAUUACACAACCCAACAUACUACUCCAUUCGUACUGUCAGCUAAACCAAAGUACCUUGUAAAUACGACACACUGUAAAAUACCAUAUGUUGAUCCUUUCGAUCCAAUUGUCAUGAAGUCGUUUGAGAAGCAAACAUAUAAAAAUUGCUCAAAUGAUGUUUCACUCAUAAAUGUUAUAUUCGAUCGAAAUAUAUUUAAAUAUUUAUUGGAAAUUAAAACAGCAGCAUAUUUCACUGAAACAGCAAAUUUGAGUGCAGUUUCAAGUCUGGAAGAGUUUGAAGAUCAGUUGAUGUGUUGCUAUAAGGAAAUAGUGCGUUCAGGAAGUGGCGGCAAAGCUGACAAUUCAUAUGAUUUGUUACCCUGCACCCAUUUCCACCAGUAUUUUGUGGUGCCCGAUCAUAUUGAAUAUAUGAUAGUUGAAUGUAGUCUAAAUUCAACAAUAAUACAAAAGGAUGCAUUCUCUUUUAUACAAUACAGAAAAUUACCCUCUACUGUAAAAGGUGAUAGACCGGCAAACAAUACCAGAAAACCGAGUGUGUAUCUGAUUGGCAUAGACAGCUUAUCAAGUAUUAAUUUUCGUAGAAAUAUGCCACUUACGUUCAAUUAUUUUCAAGAAAACAAUUGGUUCGAGAUGCAGGGUACAAACAAGAUUGGUGAUAAUACAUUUCCAAAUUUAAUGGCUGUUAUGGCUGGUAUGGAUGAGCGAACUACAUUUGAACAAUGUGAUCCGAAGAGCGUGGGUGGUCUUGAUAAAUGUAAUAUUAUCUGGAACGAUUUUAAAAAAUAUGGAUAUCGAACUGCAUUUGCUGAAGAUGAAGCAUGGAUGAGUACAUUUAAUUAUCUCAAAAAAGGAUUUGAAAAAGUUCCAACAGAUCAUUACCUAAGACCAAUGUUAUUAGCAAUAUCAAAUAAACUGAAUGUUACCCAUUUCUAUGGAUUAACAUAUUGUAUCGGUAGAAAACAGUAUGCUGCAUAUAUAUACGACUAUAUGAUGCAACUAGCAAAUCGUUAUCAGGAAGAACCCACAUUUGGUUUAUUUUGGACAAACUCAAUCAGUCAUAAUGCAUUUGAUGCUUCCUCAAUAAUGGAUGGCAAAAUGUUAGAAUAUUUUAAAACAAUGAAAGCAAAUGGUAUUUUAGAGAAUGCUAUUGUUUUUUUCCUAAGUGAUCAUGGCAUGAGAUGGGGUUCGCUAUUGAGUAAACCCAACGGGUUUUUGGAGAAUCGUUUGCCGAUGUUUUUUAUAUCAUUACCAAAAUGGUUUAAAAAUCGUCAUCCAGAUAUAGUAAAAGCGCUUCAAGUCAAUCGACACCGCUUGACUUCAUCUUAUGAUAUAUAUAUGACAAUGAAACAUAUAUUAGAAUUAUCUGAGCCUGGAAUUAAAUUACCUGCAGCGCAAAAUUGCCCAAAAUGUCAAAGUGUUUUUAAGGAAGUACCAGAAAAUAGGACAUGUGCCGACGCGGGCAUAACAGAACACUGGUGCACUUGUACACUUUAUGAUAUUGUACCAACUGAUAAUUCAAUUAUAAAGAAUAUAACAAAUCAAAUAAUUAAUUCGAUGAACGAAUAUCUAGAGAUGAAGAACAUAAGUUCAAUUUGUAGUAAAAUAGAAUUACGCGAUAUCAAUAGCGCAUUAAUUAAAGUAGAAGAAAAUGAUGCCGUAAAUAGUCAACCAACAUAUAGAGUUGAGUACUCAGUUAACCCUAAAAGAGCCAUAUAUAAGGCUUCGGUGGUAUAUGAUUCACUGAAAAAGACAAUAAAAAUAAAUGUGGAAGAUAUAAGUUGUCUUACUUCCUACGCAAAAAUAGCUAACUGCGUUGAAGAUAAGCAAGCAAAGAAAUAUUGCAUGUGCAAAAUAUAGUUUA